AUGCCAAAGAAUAAAGGGAAGGGAGGGAAAAACAGAAGGAGGGGGAAAAAUGAAAAUGAAUCCGAAAAAAGAGAGUUGAUUUUUAAGGAAGAUGGGCAAGAGUAUGCCCAGGUAGUUAAGAUGCUUGGCAAUGGUCGAUUGGAAGCUCAAUGUUUCGAUGGGGAAAAACGCCUGGCACAUAUCCGUGGUAAACUGCGUAAAAAAGUUUGGAUCAAUCAAGGAGAUAUCAUUCUUAUCUCUCUACGGGAUUAUCAAGACUCAAAGGCCGAUGUUAUCCUAAAAUAUACGACUGAAGAAGCUCGAAAUCUCAAAGCGUAUGGAGAAUUACCGGAAAAUGCUAAAAUCAAUGAAGGUGGAUUGGGCGAGGAAGAUGAUGAAUGCAACUUUGAAUUCGAUAUUGAUGAGAUUUAA